AUGGCAUUCGCUGCAAUCAAUUCGGCGGGCAUGCCGAUUAUCGCCAUCGAAGAGGCGUUCGCGACCGAGCCCUCACUCAAGAAACGAGUUUACGAUGCGAUCGGAACCACACCGCAGCAUGCACCUUUAUUUGAGGAUCUUGCUCGAUAUACCUGCUCCCUGCUGGCCAGGACUGCGAAUACUGCUUCCCUCCCGAUCGUGCCGCCGCCCAGCGACGGCCCUGCCGCGAAGAAGCGCAAGAUACAGAAUGGAGAGCCGGGGGUUACGGCGCAGGCGCCGGUUGACGUGAAGGGUGAUGCGUCCGCCCAGUUCUAUGUGCAGGAUAUUUCGUUCGCUGUGCCGCAGCGCAAGAAGCUCACGCUCGAGGUCACUGCCGGGAGCAGAUACCUGCGUGCAAGGAACCAGGCUACAAAGGAGAUCGAGUUUGGAGUUCCUAUGGAUCGAAUCCGCCAUGCCUUGUGCCUCCCCGUUCCCGAGAAGACGCAGAAGCAGUUCAAUUUUUGUAUCCUUCCCGAGUAUGCCGAUGGAAUCACGCCGCCGCCUGAAGGAGUCACCGCUUUCGAAGCUAUGGUCUUCACAGUGGCCGAUGGCCCAGCCAAGGCCGCAUUUACCGGAUCAGGGCAGCAGAUUGGGAAUAACGCUGGCGAGACUGCUGAGGGUCUCAUCCGAAAGAUCUUGAACGAUAAUUUGACUACCACCAGUGUCGUGCGACCCGAUGAGAGGCAGUUUGUGAGCGCGAUGCCCGAGGCGCACCGCAAGAGCGAGAAAGCAUACCAUAUCAAGGCCUUCCGAGGCAGCAAAGAAGGAUACCUUUUCCUUCUCUCAUCCGGAAUUUUGUUCGCGUUCAAGAAACCUCUGCUGUUCUUCUCCUUUGACACUAUCGAGUCUGUGUCGUAUACCUCGGUCCUUCAGCGCACCUUUAAUCUGAACAUCUUGGCUCGUCCGAGUGGUGGCACCGAGGACGACACACAAGAAAUCGAGUUCUCGAUGAUCGAUCAGGCCGACUUUAGCGGCAUUGACACCUACAUUAAGCGGCACGGCCUCCAGGAUGCUAGUUUGGCGGAGGCACGGCGCGCGAAGAAGUACAAUGUUAAUGGCGGCAAUAAGACUGAGGAUGGCGCUGCCGCCGCCGAGGGUGCUGGUGUUGAAGAAGAAAGUGAGCUGCAGAAAGCUCAACAAGAGCUUGAAGACCUGGAGGAUGAGGAUGAAGAGGACUACGAUCCGGGUAGCGAUGAUGGUAGUGAUGGCAGUGGUUCCAGCAGUGAUGAAGAUUCAGAUGAAGACGAAUUCCAUGAGGACGCCGACCAGGUCAGCGACGGGGACGAGGAGGAUCUGGUUCAGCAGGAGCUCGGCAGUGAAGCCGAGGAUGUUGCCGAUGACGAAUAG